AUGUUACACUUUCCAAGAAAUUUACAAAGUAACGUAACAGAUAACGAAAGAGAUACCAAGUUUCAAACUUGGCCAACAACUAACGCUCAAUCACAAGUGGAUCAUCUUCUAAACUUUUCUUACGAUGAAGAAGAAGAAGAAGAAUCACGAAUCAUCGAUCACGAAAAUAGAAGAACAUCAAAUAAUACAGUUGACAGACCUCGCAAAGAGAGGACAGCAUUCACGAAGCAACAAGUGUGUUAUUUAGAAAAUGAAUUUGCACAUGGCAAUUAUUUGACACGUUUACGACGAUAUGAGAUAGCUGUUGCAUUGGGUUUAACAGAUCGUCAAGUUAAGGUAUGGUUUCAAAAUAGACGAAUGAAGUGGAAAAGAACUAAAGGAAAUGCAGUUAAUUUACAAAACUGUAAAACGCUUUCUUGA